CCCCGAUCCACCGUGCUGUCCCACCUGUAAGGCGGGGUAAGUAGCCUAUAGUUAGAGCUGACAAGCUGUCGGUCAUCCAUCCUCCCAUUCUCCGCUCCAGCUACAAUUACCCAGCAUCUACCCACCUUUUCGCUCUCCUUCAUUCUCCAUAUAAGAAGACACUCGUCGCUUGACUUCACCCAUCACUCCCAUUUUCACUUCCAAACCCACAAAAGCAAUACAAGGGAUAGGGGAUACACGAUCAAAUUCUUGACACAGUUUCUACAACCCAUACCCAUCCAUCAAAAACCCCUCUCUCAGACCGGACUGACCAAGACCACGACCAAAAACCAGGACCAGGACCAGGACCAGGACCAACAAUCCUUCCACCCCACAACACAACCCCCGCCUACCUUAUCCAUUCUUCAACAAACCCAAAAAGAAAAUGCCACGCCUAGCCGGCAAAGUCGCCAUCGUGACCGGAGGAAGCUCCGGCUUCGGCGCCGCCAUCGUGCGCCGCUUCAGCCAAGAAGGCGCCAAGGUGAUCAUCGCGGACAUCAACGCCGCCGCCGGGGCGGAGCUGGCGGCCACGGACGCGGCGGCGCUGCAUUUCGAGCGGGUCGACGUCACGGUCGCGGCGGACUGGGCGCGGGUGGUGGCGGUAACAGUCGAAAAGUUCGGGCGCGUGGAUAUCUUGGUCAAUAAUGCGGGGACGACGUAUCAGAAUAAGCCAACGGUCGAGGUCACGGAGGCGGAGUGGGAGCGGGUGUUCACCGUGAACGUGAAGAGUAUCUUUCUCGGGAGUCAGGUGUUUGUGACGCGGCUGCUGGAGCAAGGGGGCGGCGGGUCGAUGAUCAAUAUCUCGUCAACGGGGGCGACGAGGCCGCGGCCGGGGUUGGUGUGGUAUAAUGCGUCGAAGGGGGCGGUUUCGAAUGCAACCAAAGGUCUCGCGGCUGAGUAUGGUCCGCACAAUAUCCGGGUCAACACCGUCUCGCCGUUGCUGUCGGGAACGGGAUUGUUCUCCUUGUUCACCGGCAUGGAGGAUACGCCCGAGAACCGGGAGAAAUUCAUCGGGAAUGUGCCCUUGGGCCGGCUGACGGAGGUGGAUGACGUCGCUAAUAUGUGCUUGUAUCUGGCGAGUGACGAGGGGAGCUUCGUCAAUGGGGCGGAAAUGAUCAUCGACGGAGGGAAGUGUAUUUGAGGUUUGCCGACGACGCGGGGACUGGGCUCUGGGCACCCGGUAGAAGCUGGAGUGAGUCGACCGCGCGCUCGAAUUGUUAGCGAGUUUGGUGAAAUACCAGUGCUCAAUAUCGAGCCGACCACUACCCAGGCGAACAUUGUCGUGCAAACCAAUAAGAUUGUUCAUCCUGUCCACGAAGGAUCAAAAACAGAGAUAUCCUCUUCCAGUAGCC